UCUUCGUUGCAAGUUUUCUUUAUACUUUAAUUCACUUUUUCACAUAAGAUUGUCGGUGUAACCUUUAAAUUAUUCUCUAGCUAGCUGUAAAUUUUCUCAAUAAUUCACACUUUUUCCCAUAAGACACACGAGUAGUAAGAAACCAAAAAAGAAAGAGGAAAUAGUGUUACGGUCUCUGCUGCUUUCGUUUGCUGCAGAACUUGAAUUGCACUAAUCACUACCUUAUCCUCUUGAAGAAAGUACUCAAAAUCAGAUUGGAGAAAAGGAGAAGAUUAUUCACAAGACUUGAGCAUUUGCUGAAAGCGGUUAUUUGUAGAUCUGUUGGAAAACAAGAUGGAGAGUUGCUUGGCUGAAUUGGGGAAGACAUAUGUGGAAAAAUUGAUAAAUAGGGUAACAGCAGAAUUACGUUUUGUAUUUUGCUUCACAUGCAUUGCUAAGGAAUUCGAAGAAAAAAAACCUGAGUUGGAAGCUGAAAGAAAAACUAUGGAGCAACGUGUUCAAGUAGCAGUAAGUGAAGGUAAAGUCAUUCGGGCUAAUGUUCUUCAUUGGAUAAAGAAAGUUGAUAAGCUGAUUCAAGAGAACACCAAAACAAAACAAACAUGUUUUUUUGGAUUUUGUCCUGAUUGCAUAGGGCGAUAUAAAAGGGGAAAGGAGUUGGUAAAUAUGACAGAGGAGAUUAAAUCGUCAAUAGAAAAGGGAGAAAUAUUUGAAAUUAUUGAUCUUCCUCAAUCUCUUCCAGGUUGUGGUUAUUAUUCAUUGGACUAUUACAUUCAAUUUAAAGGCAGAGAGUCAAAAUACAAAGAACUAUUGGAUGCACUAAAAGAUGACAACAACUAUAUGACCGGAUUGCAAGGGAUGGGGGGCACCGGAAAAACUACAUUGGCCAUAAAAGUGGGUAAAGAACUAGAGGAAUCUAAAAAACUCGAUCAUGUCAUUGAUACAACAGUGUCAUUUACUCCUGAUAUAAAAAAGAUUCAAGAUGAUAUUGCUGGACCUCUAGGAUUGAAAUUCAAUGAUUGUAAUAACUCAGACCGACCCAAAAUACUAAGGAGCAGAUUAACAAAUGGUGAGAAAAUUCUUCUUAUUCUGGAUGAUGUGUGGGAUCAAGACACCUCUCUUGAUUUUGAUAGAAUAGGAAUUCCAAAACGAGACAAUCACAAUGGUUGCAGAGUUCUUAUAACCACACGUAGUAAACGAAUACUCGAUACAAUGAAUUGUGAUAAGAAAAUUGAAUUGGAGAUCUUAUCUGAUGAAGAUGCAUGGAUCAUGUUCAAAAAUUAUGCCGGUAUAAACGAUAGUUUUUCAAAUAGUUUGACCAGUAAGGGACAAAAAAUUGCUCGCAAAUGCAAAGGAUUACCGGUUGCAAUUGCAGUAAUUGCCAGAAGUUUAAAGGGCCAACAACAUCGCAAGCAUGAGUGGGAUGCGACCUUGAAAUCCUUGAAGAAGCAUGUGUCCAUGCCUAAUGUUGAUGACGAUGUGGUUGGAAUUUAUAAAUGUUUGAAGUUUAGCUAUGAUUAUAUGAAGAAUAAAAAAGCCAAGGAAUUGCUCCUCUUAUCUUCUGUAUUCCCAGAAGAUGAAAUAAUUUCUGUUGAAAUUCUAACUAGACUUGGCAUUGGAAUGGGCCUUUUUGGGGAGGAUUAUCGCAGCUACAAUGAUACCCGAAUCGAAGUAGUUGUUGCCAAAAAUAAACUCAUAGAUUCUUGUUUGUUGUUGGAUGUCGUUGAUAUCGAAAACAAAGAAAAUGUCAAAAUGCAUGAUUUAGUUCGUGAUGCGGCUCAAUGGAUUGCGAACAAAGAGAUUUGAAAUGUUAAUUUAUCUAUCAAAGAACAAAAGCUAUUGGUUCAAAAAGAAAUAAAUAUUAAAUAUUUAUUUUGUAAAGGGAAGGACAUGGAUUUGUUUUCUUGUAAAUUUGAGUGCUCCAAACUUGAGACUUUAAUUGUUCACAUAGAUACUAAGUUUGAAUGUAUCGAAGUCCCAAAUUCUUUCUUUGAAAAUAUUUUCAAGUUUCGAGUUUUAUACUUUAAAAGUAUUGACAUAGUGAACCCUCUAUCAUUACCACAAUCAAUUCAGUUAUUGACGAAUAUUCGAUCUUUGUUGGUUGAAGGAGUGGAUUUAGGUGACAUCUCUAUUUUGGGAAAGCUGCCAAGUCUUGAGACUCUAGAUUUGAAUUUAUGCGAAAUCAAUGAAUUGCCAUUUGAAAUUACAAAAUUGGGGAAAUUUAAAUUGUUGUACUUGGAUAGUUGUGUAAUUCGAAGGAAUAAUCUAUUUGAGGUCAUUGAAAAAUGCUCAUCACUUGAAGAGUUGUAUUUCAUUGGGAGUUUUAAUGCUUUUUGUCGAGAAAUAGCCAUACCCGAGUUGCAAAGGUAUCGUAUUUGUAACGACUGGGAUAUAAUGAAUUAUUCACAAUCAAAGUAUUUGAGUUUUUGUGCUAGUGAUGAUGCAUUUGUUUUUUCAGAAGAACGGUUCAAGUAUUUCAUGCGAACAACAGAGUUUCUUCGACUAAUAGGAAUUAAGAGGGGAUGGAGAAAUCUCAUGCCUGAAAUUGUUCCUAUAGGUCAAGGUAUGGAUGAUCUUGUUGAGCUUCGCGUGAGUUAUAUUUCACAGUUACAUUGUCUAAUAGACUCUAUUGGUUCUCAAGUACCAAGUCUUUUGUCCAAGUUGGUUGUAGUAGAAUUGGAUAAUAUGGAAAAUUUAGAAGAACUAUUCAAUGGUUCCUUAUCUUUUGACUCUUUAAAGAAUUUAGAGAUGUUAUCGAUGAAGCAUUGUAAAAAAUUUCAAAGAUUUUUUAAUUGCAAGCUAAAUCUAUGCAAUUUGAAGACCUUGAUACUAAAGCAAUGUCCAAUUUUGGUUUCCCUAUUUCCAUUGAUGUCUCAGAAUCUGGUGCCACUAGAGAAAUUGGAAAUAACUAAUUGUGAGGAACUGAAAAACAUAAUAGAUGUAAAAAGAGAGGAGGAAUCAAGUGAAGAAAUAGACGAUGGUGAUAAUGAUAACAAGAGGCAUGACUCGAUUUUUCCAAAACUAAAAGUUCUUGAUAUUGAGGGAUGUCGCCGAUUAGAAUCGAUACUUCCCUUCCUCUCUUCUCAAGAUUUUCCAGUACUAGAAGUUAUCUCAAUAAAAAGAUGUGAUGGGCUGAAAUACAUAUUUAGCCAAUACCAACAUGUUGAACUUAAGUCACUAAAACAAAUGGAGCUCUUUCAGUUACCAAGUUUCAUAGACAUUUUUCCGAAAUGCUAUGAUUCCAUGUCUUUGCUUGUGAAUGAGUCAUGUUCCAGUUCCAGAGAUGGUUUCAAGGCACAAAUACAAUUGGACCCUAUCAAAUGCAAUAUCUUCUCUUGGCCUUUUAUAUGUUGUCGUGGUGAUAAAUUUGGGAGUUCGUCAACAACUAGAAUUCCAUUGGUUUCUGAGGAUCAACCACAGGACUACUCAAUCACAUCGGUAUCAAAUUCACACAAUCUUCAUAUAUGGGAACAUGCUCAAUGUCUUUCGGUACACCCACAUCUCAUGUGCAAUAUUAAAAACAUUGUGCUGAUUCAAAUUUUGAAUAAAACGGUGUUUAUCCUGUCUGUUGCUCCAAGAAUGUUGGAAACUUUGACAGUUACAAAUUGUGAUGAAUUGAAGCACAUAGUGAUAGACACCAAAGAUCAUGACAGUAGUGGCAAUAAUUGGGGCAAUGUCUUCCCUACAUUGAAAAGGCUCUACGUUGGAGACGGCAUGCAAUUGGAAUACAUAUUUGGACACUACACUAAUGACCAUCAAAAUCACACUGAGAUUCACCUUCAUCUUCCGGCAUUGCAAUAUCUCAAUCUUUGCAAUCUGCCAAGUUUAGUCGCUAUGUGUCCCAAACAAUAUCGCCCAACAUUUCCUUCUUUGAAAGAACUUGAACUAAAAAAUUGCUCCCAAGUUGAUAUCAAAUCUAUCGGUGAUUUCAUUAUUCAUUCAGUUUCUAAAUCUCAAGACAGAAGGAUUACCUUUGCUAUAGAUGAAGAAACAAAGGAUUACCUUUGGAGUCAACUUCUACAAACAGAAGAAUGUCUCACAGGUCAAACCACUAAAGAAGUUGAAGCGGCACCACAGAUACAAAUGAAACAAACACCAGAGGCAGAGCAUGAAUUUGUUGAAAAUGUUCCGGAUUUAGAGAUACCAUCAGUUGCAAUAUUACCAACAAAUUCAAAAGAGUUGGUGAAUGAAGAAUCAACGAAUCAACAGUGUUUGAUGAACCAACAACAUCCACUUGGAGAAAUUGAUACUACCACCAAACCUUCUCAAGGAAAUAAUUGUGUUGAAGAAGGAACUGCAUUAACAAAUGCCAACACAAUAACACCCUCAACUCAUUUAGAAUUAGUCACUUCAUCAAAGGAACAAGAUGUUGAUGUUAGAGACUCUUUGGGAACUACCAAGACUAAUGAUGAUCAAGUUUCUCUAAAUGAUGCUGCUGUUGGGAAAGUAACCUCAACUAUUGAGGAACAGUUUCCUAAGGAUGAUGAAUUUAGAGUUUCAAAAUCUAAGCCCUCUCCAAGCAAUAGCAUUCCUUUGCCUCUUGCAUUUCAGACUCCUUCCAUGCCUUCUAAAGGGAACCCUUCUCAAAUAGUGAAAGAUUUAAGUUCUCCUUCUCUUGUCAGACGGGAGCUUGAGGAACUGGUCUCCAAGAAGCAUUUGGAUUCCAAGAACUUGUCUUUGUUGACUGACUUUCUUGUUAAGCAUCCUUCAAGCCUAGCUGAGCUAUUGAAAUUCCUCCUAACCAGUAGCGUGUUGGAUGUGUUAGGCUCAAGCCAAAAUGAAUUUGUUGAGUUAUUACUGUUGGAAAAAUAUUCUAAUAGCCAAGAGGGGCACUUAAAGCAGCCUUAGUUUCUAAAAUUUCUGCCUCCUUUUGAAUGAUACUCUCAAAACAGCUUCAGAUGAGGUAUAAAAUUGUGACAUAUUUCCAAAAUAUUGGAUAAUAUAUGUAUGUAUAAUUCGUGAUAAAUAACAUGAAAUUGUUGUUGGUUUA